AUGGCCCGAGCGGAAGUUAAAAGGGAAGGUGAUGAUUAUGACAUUUCAAAUGAAGCAAAUGUCAUUCGUUUGAUGAAUGAAAGUCGGGUAGAACCUUAUCAUGGUUGCGAAGCUGGUCCGAGCAAUGAAGAAGCAACCAACAUGAACAUUGGAGAUGGUGGAGCCGAUGUGAAAAAAGAAAUGGUUUACGAUGCUCAUGGCAAUGACAUGGUUGGUGAUGUUGAACGUGCUAUUCUGGAACAGAAAUUUGAUUCGGUCGAAGAUGGAAAAGCUUUCUACAAUGCGUAUGCUAAAGCCAAGGGAUUUAGUAUACAAAGAUCUAGAUUUAACACAAAUAAAGAGGGAAAGGUCAUUAGUAGGCUGUGGUUGUGUUCAAGGGAAGAUGCUGGUGAAGGGAGAAAGUAUGUUGUGACUCACUUCGUCGCAGACCACAACCAUGAAUUGGCGAAACAACACUGUGUGAUGUAUCUGAGGUCACAUCGUAGUUUAAACAGCGCUGACAAAGCUCAAGCAAUGGCUCUGCACAACGUCGGUGUGAAGACUAGCCAAAUCAUGAACUAUAUGGUAAAUCAAUCCAGGUCUUAUGAGAAUGUUGGUUUCGUCCGUACAGAUCUGCACAACCAUAUUGAAGCCGAACGUAGAGCAGAAGUUGAGGAUGGUGAUGCGCAAGGUGCAUUGGUUUACCUAUGUGCAAAACUUGAUGUUGAUCCACGUUUUUUUUACAAGUAUGAUGUGUGUAAUGAUAAUAAGUUACAAAAUCUGUUCUGGGCAGAUUCGAAAUCGCAGGCCGACUACGCAAAGUUUGCUAAUGAGACAAUUAAGACAUACACAUGGGUUUUGGAAACAUUUAUGGAGGCGAUGGGCAAUAAAGCACCUGUGUCCGUACUGACAGAUGGGGAUAAGGCGAUGCGAGAGGCAAUCAGAAGAGUAUUUCCAGAUGCAAGACAUCGAUUAUGUAAUUGGCAUCUUGGGAAAAAUGCUGGUUCAAAUGUUCACAUAAGUGGCUUUGCACAUGCUUUCAAGCAGUGCAUGGACAUGGAAACGGAUGAGACAAAGUUUGAGCAUGGCUGGACGACAAUGGUCGAAAAAUUUGGACUUCAAACCAACAGUUGGGUGUUGGAGACACAUGAGAAGCAUCAUAUGUGGGCUGAGGCAUAUAUGCGUGGACAUUUCUUUGCUGGGAUGAAGAGCACUUAG